GGAAGAAGUAGGAAGUGUCCCAAGAUGGCGUCUCGCACUGAGGCCGGGGCUGUAGAGUUGUUUCCGUAGUGGGCGGUUUGGUGACUGCGGGCGGUGCAACAGACUCUAACCAAGCCCCAAAGUUUUAUGAGAAUACCGACGGAUACCUACUCCAGCUUGCUCCUUUUUGUGUAAAGGGUCUUUUCAUAUCCAAAAGGGGUCUUAUUUCCCAUUUGCAGUGGGCUUUCCAGCUACCUUUUCAACAGAGCUAAACUGAGAGCUUCAAUACUCUAAAUGGCUUCUAGGAAGUCUGCUUCAGAUUUACAAGGGCCUUUUAGUUACCUAGAGGAUGUCCCGUUCAAAAUUGGUGACAAGUUUAAGGUGCCUGAUAAAGUUGGACUUCCCAUUGGAUUCUGCAUGCCUGAUAUCACCGAGCUUGUGAGAGAGGUUCAUUAUGAUUUCUCUCUUGAGAAAAAAACAAUUAAAUGGGCUGAAGAAAUUAAACAAAUUAAAGCUGCGCAGAAAGAGGCAGAGCUAAAGGCCGAGGCUGCUAUUUCCCACUCUGAUGAUGGGGCAUCUGGCUGCAAUGAGGGAAAUGAAGGGAUGGACUUCCCGCCUCCUAUUAACCCUGUUCAUGCCAGCCUCCAGCAUAAUAAUAUACUCACGCCCACUCCUGCCAACAACAGUGCCAUCCCUUCUAAAGUGAGCAGCCCUCCGCACAUCAAUGCUGACUUCAACCCUGCUGACUUUGAGUGUGAAGAGGAUCCAUUUGACAAGUUAGAAUUAAAAACCCUUGAUGACAAGGAAGAAUUAAGAAAUAUUCUUGGUGUCCAGGCCAGGUCUGCUGUUGUAAACCAAGACAUAAAUAAGGAUAAUUCCUCAGAGGCAGGUAAGGGGCAGGACCCUGCAUCUGCUGUUAAGGAGGAGGAUGUCCCAACCGCCGUGGAUCAAGUUACCUUGGACUUCAAGCUCCUUCGCAAACCCAAUGGCUUUAUUAAUUUACCACAGUUAGAAAACUGUGAACUAAUGCCCCCGUCUUCCAACGUAUCCCUUUCUCCUUUCACUUCAGUCAGCAAUAUCAAAUCCCUUUCAUUUCCCAAACUUGACUCUGAUGAUGGUGAUCAGAAAAUGACAAAGUUUUCAAGCACUUUGCACAGCACUACCUGCCUCCCCAACAGCACUUUUCUGGACACCUUAAAAGCCUGCUCUCAGCAUAACGCCAACAAACUAAAUGGGCACCAUGCACUGGGGAAUUCUGGGAUGCAUUUGGACAAUGUGAGUGGACAGCCAGUUUUACCUUCACCUGCAGCAGCAGCUACGCUGGUAGCUUGUACAGAAGGAACAGCACAGAUCUGCCUAAACAAUGACAGCAAGUAUAUUGCAUUAUCGAAGGUGCCUAGUGGAGUCUUCUGCACCAAGAGGCUGGCAGGGCCUGGCUACGAGGAGCUGCUGCAGGCGCUCUCAAGCAGUGAGAGGCAAUGUGCAGAAACUAUAGUCGGUAUGGGAUACUCAUACGAGCACGUCAUGAGAGCAAUGCAGAAGCAAGGCCAGAACGUGGAACAGGUGCUUGAGUACUUGUUCAUUUAUGCCCAGUUGUGCGACAAAGGUUUUGAUCCGCUUCUUGUGGAAGAAGCUUUGGAAAUGUAUCAGUGUUCAGAAGAAAAGACCAUGGAGUUUCUUCAGUUGAUGAACAACUUCAAAGAAAUGGGAUUUAAGCAAAAAGACAUUAAAGAAGUUCUAUUAUUACAUAAUAAUGACCAAGACAAAGCUCUAGAGGAACUUAUGGCACGUGCUGGUGCAAGCUGAAUACACCGCACUGGAUAUCAUUCCCUAUUAGGAUAUUUACAAAAAAAAGAAAAUACUUGUUGGAUGUUUUCAAGAAGAACAGACUAUUUUAAUGAAGACUGGGUUAGAAUCUCUUUCUGCAAACCCAGAACAUUAUGGAGCAUUAAUCCAUGUCCUGAGCUUAACCGGUUUCCCUUCAAAGAAAAUGCCAGCUAAAAAUGCAAGUGCCCUUUUUCUCCCAACCUUUCAAGCUCGGCAAGGAAAUAAUCAUUUUUACUGAACUUUAUUUGCUUGAGACAGAGGGUUUUUUAUUUUAUUUGGGGGUUGUUUUUUUGUUUUGUUUUUUUGCAGUGGUAUCGGAGAAAAUCUAAACGCAAAAGCAUCAAAUAACAUAAUUUUGCGUGAAGCUGCUUUUUGUGCUAUACUGGAAUACAUACUGUUGUACUCUGAUAAAGCAAUCUUUAGUGCAAUGGAUUUUUCUUUAUUUUAGAUAUAAUUUAGUGCUACACUGGUUAAUAUAAUACUCUUGUAAUUAGAGUAUAAUGCAACUUAACAUAUUUUGGUUCCUACGUCUCCCAUACUACAGCUCUCUUAACCAGAUGAUUAAUGUUAGCACUGGUAAAGCUGUGAAUAGUGUUUGGAACAUUUAAAUAUUUGCUAAGUUAUUUGUUUAAAAGCUUUAUCUGUGCAUCUGGUAUAUACUUUCCUCUUUUCUGGAACAUGUACGUCUUUUCUGUCCCAGUGUUAUUUAAAGAGAGAUUUCCAAAUAUAAAAUCAGCCUUUCACCUAAAAACUGUCAGUGUGGAUCUGAUUUCUUUUAAGCACUUUGUUUUCACCGCGUUGGUUUACUUUUUCACACUGUUAUCAGUUACAUUACAAAUUUAUAGUUCUACAAUUAAAAAGGUGUAUUAUGUUGUACAUUGUUAAAUAAAAAAAACACUUGUAAAUCUAAGUCUUGAAUCUAUAAGUAAUUUGCUAAAUAUUUGAUUCUGCCUAAAGAGGUACUAAUAAAACACUUAAAUAUC